AUGACAAUCAUCAGCCUUAUAAUCGCUCUUGAACUGUCAUUGUUUGCUAAUGCCUUCCAAGUUCAGAGCGAUGUACAUAUCGGCCAAGGCAAUUUUGUUAACGGCUGCGCUAAGGCUUUAGCAGCCGAGGUUGAAUGCAACAGAUAUACCUGGUCGUUGGGGCAGUAUGGCUACAUAGGAUGGGUGGGAGAUGCUAGGCUAGCCGAUGCUAUCUGUACGGCUACCUGCUCUGACUCCCUUCGAAGCUGGAAUGAGACAGUGGCCAGGGAAUGCGCCGAGGACAGCAACAGACCAGAUCCCGACCGCUUGGAUGGCUUAAUCACACAAGCCAACCAUAUACAACAAAUGUGGAACGCGACCUGCAUUAAGGAUACUAAAUCGAGUUAUUACUGCUUGGAAAUCAUGGAUAACUCCCCCGACAAAGUAUAUGGCGAGGAGAUACCAUACAAAGAACUAUGCCAUCCCUGCUACGGUAUGGUUCUUACCGCGCUGUUGAAUUCUUCAUUAGAGGUCACUCUAUGGGGCUUAGAUGAUGAUUACUGGAAGGGUCAACUUGAACUUGUCCAUAAGCAAUGCGGCGGCCCGAGUAAAAUUGAAGAGCAUUUAAAAGAGGCGAUAGCAUUCAACGCUACUCACAAUACUACUAGGGUAUCGGAAUCGGAUAAAAACGACGCUGCUUUGCUUAUGAUCAAUCUAGCAGGUGGAAUCUGGGUUGUAUUGUUAAUUCAUGGAGUGAGCAUCUUUGUAUUGUAG